AUGUCUUCAAACCAUUUACGAAUAAAGCAUAGUGACCAGGAAAAUGCUUUUAAACUGUACAGCAAGCAGGAGAACACCUUGUCUCUUCCAAGUAAAAGACCUGCUCUUCAACCAAAGCAAAACAAGAAACAAAGGGUACCUCUAGGAGGUAAGGAUACGAAUGGCUCUACUCCUUUCUUGCAACGAUCUGCUACUACACUUCAACAGAAGUCCCUUCGGCCAAGUAGUGCACCUUUGCAGAAACAGCCUUCACUCAUCAAAUCGAACUCGUCUUUAGGCUUCUCGUACUCCAACAAGGACAACUUGGAUCCCCCAUCAAGAACCACUGGAAUCAGUGGGCUCACGCCAGCUCAAGUGAAGAACGCCGACCCACUAAGAAAUGACCUCUUCAGUGGUGCUAGUGCUCGUAGAGAGGCGGAGUUGGUUCCUCUUCUCGUUUCGGAUUCUCCAAAAAAAACAGAAAGAUCUACUAUCCCUUCAUUGGACAAGAAAUUGCACGAAACAUUUUCUCAAGAAACAGCGCAGUUGCAUGCUAGUAGGAUACCCUCCGGGAAAGCGAAUGUUGAUGUUGAUCCUGUGAAGGGACUUAGGCUUGACAGUCAAUUGCUCGAGCAAUUGGCGGAAGAUGAUGAGAGUGUGGACACCGUGCCUCAGGUAAUUCCACUCAAGGAUGAGCCAGAAGAUGCACUCACAGAGGAGGAUUUGCAUUUUAUAAAGACGGGUUCACGGACCUCUAUCACUGAAAACAAGAAACUACAGGCUGAACUAGAGCGUGAGCACGGACAGCUUGGGCUCAGCAAGGAAGACUUGGAUGAGUUGCUCGACUUCUGA